CGCUAGCUCUGGUUCUGGAAUUCCAGAGCAAAUGUAGCAGUCUCUAUGAUUGAAUAAUUAAACCCUAAUAUUUUUCUAUAACUAUUCUUACUGAUUAUUAACUUAUCAAUUCUAAUUUUUUCUAGAAAGGAGUUUACGUAUACGGUUUGAGGUGCGUCUUAGAGGCAUGGAAGACAGAGCUAAGCUCCUGAUACUAUACGCAACUCAAACCGGUAACGCGUUGGACGCGGCGGAGCGUAUGGCUCGAGAAGCCGAACGCCGACGUUGCCCUGUCAACCUUCUUUCUAUUGACGAAUACGACGCCAGUUCCUUACCUCAUGAAGACACAGUCAUUUUUGUUGUUUCUACCACAGGCCAGGGAGAUACGCCAGACUCCAUGAAGGUCUUUUGGAGGUUUCUUCUGCAGAGAAGUUUAAGUAAGCAUUGGCUGGAAGGUGUUCACUAUGCUUUGUUUGGCUUGGGAGAUUCUGGUUACCAGAAAUAUAAUUUUGUUGCUAAGAAGCUUGACAAAAGACUUUCAGAUCUUGGAGCAAUGGCUAUUAUUGAAAAGGGUUUGGGAGAUGACCAGCACCCAUCAGGGUAUGAGGCUGCACUGGAUCCAUGGAUGUCAUCUUUGUGGAGUAUGUUAAAUCAAAUCAAUCAUAAAUUUUUCCCACAAGGUCCAGAUUUUGUGAUUCCAGAUAUGAAAUUGAUUGAUCAACCAAAAGUUCAGAUCACAUAUCAUUGCAAUGACAAGGUGGAUCCUCAAUUUCAUCCAAACUCAGAUUUGAAAUGGAUUGAGAUGCAAAUUGAGAGGGCUCGCUCAAUGUCUCCUGGAAAAUUUACCCCGGACAAGAAUAGGCCUCACUGCUUUCUCAAAAUGAUAAAAAAUCAACCACUGACUAGAGCAGGAUGUGAAAAGGACGUGCGCCACUUUGAGUUUGAAUUUGUUUCAUCCGCUAUUGAAUAUGAAGUUGGUGACGUUCUUGAGGUUCUCCCCAGUCAGAAUCUUUCUGCCGUAGAUGCUUUCAUAGAGCGAUGUAAUUUGGACCCUGAUGCAUUCAUUACUGUUCAUCCUAGAGAGAUGGACAAUCACCUUCUUCAUACUUGUACAACUGCCAAAGUCCCGAUCAAAUUGAAAGCUUUCGUGGCAUUGACAAUGGAUGUUGCAUCAGCUUCCCCUCGACGGUAUUUUUUUGAGGUCAUGAGUUAUUUUGCAACAGCUCCACAUGAAAAGGAAAGACUUCAAUAUUUUGCUUCAGCUGAAGGAAGAGAUGAUCUAUACCAAUACAAUCAGAAGGAACGAAGAACUGUUCUUGAGGUAUUAGAGGAUUUUCCAUCUGUUCAAAUGCCAUUUGAAUGGCUGGUGCAGUUGGUUCCUCCAUUGAAAACCAGAGCUUUCUCCAUAUCUUCAUCCCCUUCAGCUCACCCCAAUCAAGUGCACUUAACUGUCAAUGUAGUGUCAUGGACAACACCUUUUAAAAGGGAGCGAAGUGGGCUCUGCUCAAUGUGGCUAGCCCAGCUUGAUCCUGAACAAAGCACUCAUGUUCCAGCAUGGUUUCGGAAAGGUACCCUUUAUCCCCCACCACCAUCGCUUCCGCUCAUUCUUAUUGGACCCGGAACAGGUUGCGCACCUUUUCGCGGAUUUGUGGAAGAAAGAGUGAUACAAAGUGAAUCUGAUGCAGUUGCCCCAGUUAUAUUCUUCUUUGGUUGCUGGAAUGAGAAUAAUGACUUCCUAUACAGAGACUUUUGGUUGUCGCAUUCACAAAAUGGUGGGGUACUUUCGGAAGCUAAGGGUGGAGGUUUUUUUGUUGCUUUCUCAAGGGACCAGCCACAGAAGGUCUAUGUGCAGCAUAAGAUGCGUGAAAAUAGUCAGAGGAUAUGGAAUUUACUUAGUCAGGGAGCUGCUAUCUAUGUUGCAGGUUCAUCUACCAAAAUGCCUUCCGACGUAUUGUCUGCCUUUGAGGAUAUUGUAUCCAAGGAAAGUGGGCUUCCAAAGGAAUCUGCUGUGAGGUGGCUUAGGGCACUGGAAAAGGCUGGCAAGUAUCAUGUUGAAGCUUGGUCUUGAGCUCGGCUUUAUUCUUUAUGUUAUGGGAAUAUGAAACACCAGUUUUGCAGGGAAUGUUGUAGAUUGAGUUUCAGUUGAAGUUUAUACUAGAAGCAAUUUAAGUUGAGGUGAUUGGAUGCUUGAGAAAGCAUCUGGGAUAGUUGUACAAUAUUGUACAAUGGAUUAGAUUGUUUGCAAAAGUUAAGACUAAUAUUAAUUGCCAUUGGUUAUGGCUCUUUAUUGUCAAUAAAAGAGAAAAAGAAAAGGGUUGAGGUGCCAUCUUGUCA